AUGUUGAACGUAUCUGUCUAUGUUUUGUUCUCGCUAUUAAUCGUAAGUGUGUCUUCCCACGGUCUUAUUAAUAAUAACACAUCGGUAGAAGAAAAAUUUAUCUACAAAGACGUAGUCACUGCAAUGGUAAAAAUUCUAUAUCGAUGUCAUCCAAAAAAAUCGGAACUAACUUUACUACUAGGUGGAGAUUACAAUGAAUUUCUUAAACGAGCGUUCUUUAUUGGGAUACCAGUAGCUUUAAUAGGAGAAACGAGUCCUCAAUUAAAUGCCCUAAAAAAUUUUGCAUUAACAAGAUAUUCCUUCAAGAUGUAUGAGAGCUACAACUUCAUCCAUUUCCUUCGAAAAUCACACAACUUUAUAUUAGUGGCAUCUUCUCAGCCCAUGUUGCGAUCUAUUUUGCAGAGAACAAAAGAUUCGCCGUGGGCGAAUCCGGAUGGAUUUUAUAUUAUAAUCGAUAAGGAAACUGAAACACGAGGCUGUAUAAACGCUCGUUCAUUUCUCUGGACAGCUUGGAGAUAUAAUUUACUCUCAGUUAUGUUUCCAUGUAUCGAUCCAAACGAUGGAAUUGUUUAUUACACAUUUAAUCCGUAUUCUAACAGUACGCCAACCGAUUGGAAUGAAGUAAGCCGUAUGAAAGGACGAGAGGGACAUCCUUGGAUAAUGUUGAAAAGAAAAUUUGAAAAGGAAACAAACAAGAUGUGCAAAAAUCUGAAUUUUGAUAAAACGGUCACUUUACAAGGCUAUACGAUCCGAUUAAACGCCGUCGAGAUGGAACCGUAUAUAAAAAUUGAUUCGAGUUUAUCGGAUGAAAAAAAAUUUCGUGGCGAUAAUAGUGAAAUCAUCAAGAUAUUAUUAUACAAAUUGAAAGCGUCUCCAGCAAUCGAGAUUUAUAAUGGCAGUAUCUACGAACUUGGCGAUAUAGGACCGAACGGUACUCUAGAAGGUUUGAUGGCCUCUCUGAAAGACGGCAAAAUAGACAUUGGCAUGAACACGAAAACCUUGCUUAUAUUGUGGAAAGUCAGAUACACCUAUCCCCAUACAAGAUCAGGCCUGUGUGUGAUAGCACAACCACGUUCAAAAGUCUCUCAAUAUAUCAGACUAAUAAAAUUUAUGUCACCAGAAGUAAUAAUAGGAAUAGCCAUAACGUGUCUGUUAGCUUAUGUACUAUUCACGAAAAGCGAGGGAUACAUAAAAGCCAGCUUACAGGUGAUAAGACUUGUGAUCUGCGUAGGAAUUCUACAUCCACCCAAAAUUAGUUCCACCAGAAUCUUUGUAUGCAUGAUAUUGAUUUUAUUCCUCAUCAUAAACGCUUUAUUCCAAAGCCACCUGUCGGCAUUACUCACCGUGCCGAUUUAUUAUCGCGAUAUUGACACCAUAGAAAGUCUUAAGAAAUCCGGAUACACUAUAUAUGGACCGCGUAAUUUCAAAUCAUUAUUGAACGAUCCUGUACUGGAAUCACACUACGUAGAUGUUACGUAUGAUGAAUGCAAGAAAUUCGUAGAGAAUUCGACGAACGCUGUGUGCUUGGGGGACUGUCACCAUCUCUAUUAUAGAAUUAAGGGCCAAGAUCUUAUUAGAUCAAGAAAACUGUUCGAGUUGACAAAAUCGUAUGUUACUCGCGAAGAUUGGCCAUUAUACCAACGAGUAAACGACAUUAUUCGGCAUAUGGCGCAGACCGGCUUAAUCGUGAAAUCUCGAGCUGACUCCAUGGCGGAUGUAAAUCGCGAAAGACUCAGGAAUAACGCAAAGAAAGAUGGCUUUAAAGUAAUGUUGUUGAAACAGCUGGCGUUCAGCUUUUAUUUUCUCAUUAUGGGAUAUACUUGCGCCACUACAGUCUUCAUAUUGGAAUUGAUAAUUGGUCAAUCUGUUUCUAGAUCUGAGAAUAAUUAA